UGUUUUUAUAGAAUGUCUUUAGCAACUAAACUGCGUCGUAUUAGAAAGAAACCUCCAGAGGGAUGGGAUUUGAUCGAACCAACACUUGAAGAAUUCGAAGCAAAAAUGCGUGAAGCAGAGACGGAACCACAUGAGGGCAAAAGACGAACAGAAACUGUUUGGCCUGUUUUUAGAAUUCAUCAUCAACGUUCAAGAUAUAUUUUUAAUUUAUUUUAUAAAGAAGAAAAAAUAUCAAAAGAACUUUACCAAUUUUGUAUUGAUGCAAAACUUGUUGAUGCUCUCUUGGCUGCAAAAUGGAAAAAACAAGGAUUUGAGAAUCUGUGUUGUUUAAGAUGUAUUCAGACGAGAGAUACCAAUUUUGGGACAAAUUGUAUAUGUCGAGUUCCAAAAUCUAAACUUGACGCGGAUCGAGUUAUUGAAUGUAUACAUUGUGGAUGCCGUGGAUGUUCUGGAUGA